AUAUAUAUUUAAAAUAUAUGUUUUAUAUGUGUUUUAGUCUAAUAAUUACUUUUACAAUGCCAUCUUUUUUUGGAAAUGUUAAACACCAGUUUCAAACUGUGCGAGAUGAUGGCAAGAUAGAGACAAAACCAUUUUUAGAUGCUUGCAGUGAAAUAAUACCAUUUUUUGACAUUCUUGGAUCUACUGCUUUUGCUCCAGUCAAAUCUGAUAUUCGGGGCAAUGUAACGAAGUUGACCAAUAAGUAUGAACUAUCGCCAAAACAAUUUGAAACUCUUCAAGAUAUUGUAAAGAGUGAGAUAGAAGCAAACUCAACAAAAGCAAAGAACUCUGCCACAGAUGCUCUAUUGUGGUUAAAAAGAGCAUUAUCUUUCAUUCGUGUGUUUUUACAAGAGGUUUUAACAGGUGAACAGGACUUGGUUGUUUGUGCAAAAAAAGCAUAUGAAAGUUCAUUGAAGGCAUACCAUGGAUGGAUGGUUCAAUCUAUUUUUAAUUUGGCAAUGAAAGCAGUUCCAUAUAGAAAAGAUUUUAUUAAAGCUCUUGGUGAAGACUGUAGCGAAGAAGAAGUUUUGAAAGAUAUGGCCAUUGCACUAAAUCUAAUGGCACAAAACAUUGACAAUCUGAAUGCUUUUUAUACAGAAUCUGGUCAAGAUGUACAAAGUAAAGUAUGAAACAAUGUAGUUAUACUAGGUCAUGAUGUUACUAGAAUAUUUGUGCCUUGUGUUUGGUGUUGAUUAUCAUGAUUUCUAAAAGAACUUAUUUAUAAUCAUAUUUAUUGAUUUUGUUAAAUGAAAAAAAAAAGUAGAAAAAUUUUUUUUGUAUGAAAUUAUCUUAUUUUUAAAACAUAUAUUUUUUGAUGUUAUAUUUAAUUUUGUAAUCCUGGUAUAAAUUAUUGUAAUAUGGUAUAUAUUAUUUCAGUACAGUAGACAUUUUUCAUAAUGGGUUUAGUAUAUGUAAUAUCAACACUAAUUAUGCUACUAUAGCAAUGUACAAUUGUAUGUACUACUAUAAUUAUGCUAUAUUAUGUAUAUUAUUGCAUAAUUAUGCUACAAUAUAUACAAGAAAUGUAUAAUUAUGCUACACUAUACAUAAUAAUGUAUAUUUAUGCUACACUAGUAAUGUAUAAUUAUGCACUUGAGUUUUAAUAUAACAUUGUAAAUUUCAUUGUUCUAAUGUUAUAUUGUUUUAAACAUUU